AUGACGCCUAUGACCAUUCCCCCAGCCUCAGAGAGCCAACUUUAUGCCCCUCUCAGCAUCAGCCAAAAAGAGAUCCGUCUUUUGCGUAUCGCGCCGUAUGAUGCCGAUGAUGUCUUCUCCAUCUGCCACUGCGCAAUGUUCACUGUGUCACUGGCACAGCAGCCCCGACCAAGGUACAACGCCUUCUCGUACGAAUGGAGCUACGGCGUGGACGUCUCCGAGAUCGGCAAUGCUGUCAUGGUCAAUGGCCACCGCAUCGAGGUGACGCGGAAUCUGGCCGCUCUGUUGACCCGGUUCCGCAACAUCGCCCAGGCUGUGCCCAACUCGGAAAUGUUUCAGCUCCCGAUAUGGAUCGACGCGCUGUGUAUUGACCAGAGCAAUGUCGAUGAGAGGAGCGUCCAGGUUGGGCUCAUGGGAGCCAUUUACAGCCGUGCGCAGGCCACGUUUACAUAUCUGGGCGAGGAUGAGAAUGAUAGCGACUAUGCCAUGCCCAUCCUUGCAGAAAUCGGCAGUAAGAUUCUUCAGACGAUGAAGACGGACGACAUGGCCUGGGUCAAGCCCGAUGAGCAGCCCGAGUUGUGGCAGUCGGACCAAGCCGAGGACGGCGGAUUUCUAAAUCGGUUCUGGACAAGUGCAGGUGCUAUCAUGAAGCGUUCGUACUGGAGGAGGGCAUGGAUCGUCCAGGAGAUUCUUCUACAAGAUAACGCUAUAGUCUUCUGCGGCAAGAAUAUCAUGCAUUACCACCAGCUUAAUGCUGUUUACUACUGGCUCCGUCGCAUCCAAGGCAGACCCUGCCCUCCUUUGGUCAGCGUUGAGCUUUGGCGACUUCUGUCGACCAAGGUGGGUUGGUACUCGAUGGGCUGGAAUAGAUUUAUUCAGCGUCGGAGAGUUACGCCUUCGGAAGAAACAAAGGGGGAUCAGGAUGCAGUAUCCAGGAGGGACCAGCAUUUACAGUGGAAGGCAUGGAUUCUUUCCACUGUCGACCAGCAGGCCACGGAUCCUCGGGAUCAUCUCUACAGUGUCCUAGGACUUGUUGGUAUUGGAUCACUACAACCCAAUUACUCUGCCUCUGUGGAAACCGUCUUCUAUGAUUUUGCAACUACAAGCAUUGAGGUGGAAGAGAGCCUCGGCAUACUCUCUUACGCUGGGCAUUGGGAGCUGCCACCUACAGACGUUGACAACAAAACACUGCCGACGCACUUGUUUGUUCCAUCUUGGGUCCCUAACUGGGAUCAAAUCUCCAAAAUGUACAACUUCACCUGGCUACUGAGCGCAACGGACCAGGCAGAUAAAGGUUGGGCAUCCAUUCAUGUGCCCAUUAAUGGGAAUGUUCCUUGGUUUUUAGACGGCAAGUCUCUUAUUUCACAGGGAAUAUCAUUUGACAUUGUCGCUCAGAUUGAGCUUUGCGACGUUGGCGACGGGAGCUGGCUGUCAUUCUGCCUCAAAUACAUGAACGCACGAGGUGGCCAACCGUACCCAGGCGGCAUCCCGGCUCUCCAGGCACUCGCGCGUCUCGUUCUCCGCGGCCGGAAGUUUGCGAGCAAUGAACUCCUCGAACGUCACUCAGAUGUUGAGACCACCCUUCUCUCAGUGAUCCCAGCCAUGCUGGCAACAUUUUACACUAGCAAUAGUACCAGCGCUGCGGCCGAGAUCAAACAGGCCCAGGAAAAACUUGGCAUAUCCACUCCCGAUGGAAUCGCAGAGAGAUUUAUAGGACGUCCUUUGAGCGCUGUUGCACAAGAACUCGUCGGGGCUCUUCCGCGUCUCACAAGCAGGAUCGAGGAGCUGACGCGGAGUCUUGAGUCCGAUAGAAACUUUAACCCUUUAGUUCCGGAUAGCAUGAACUAUCGGAAUGGUAUCUCCAGUGGAAUGCGGGAACAUGUGGCGUUUGUGACUCGCAAGGGAUAUAUCGGCUGGGGCCGCAAGGGCUUGCAGGAUGGCGAUUCUGUUUGCGUCUUGGCAGGGUGUCCGGUACCUUUGCUCUUGCGGGGGAUGAAUGGUUACAACAUCAAUCUAGGGCCGUGUUAUGUCGAAGGCCUUAUGCAUGGGGAGGCGGCGGUGGCAGUUGCGGAUAAUACGGCGCGCAUUGAUAUAUUUCACAUUGUAUAG